AUGGGAAUCCUCAAGUCUGUUGAAGAAGUUUUGGAUGCAGUUUGUACUCGCUUGAACAUUCCCAGAAACACACUAAGAAUGGAUUCUUGUGUUGAAAUGAUGACUGAUUUCUUACAUCUUGAAACAAGUGAGAUUUACAUUGUGGGCAUGUCUUGUAUGGAUGAAAUACUUAAAGAAACCCUAAUAGGAGUUGUCUAUAGUCAAAUAUAUCAUGGAUUUGAAAGAACAAGUCUUAUAUUAGACAUUACAGAAAUUUCAAAAGAGCCCAAUGGUUUGGUCCAUUUACAAGAACAACUUCUUGGUGAUAUCGUGGGAAUGAAUCAAGUCAAUAUUAACAAUGCUGAUGAAGGAAUCAGAUUGAUUAAGGAAGCAAUUCAGGGCAAAAGAGUUCUUAUUGUUCUUGAUAAUGUGGAUGAGUUGAAACAACUAUACACAUUAAUUGGAAACUCCAAAUGUUUUGGUCCGGGAAGUAGAGUGAUAGCAGUAUCGAGAGAAAACCAGUUGCGAGCUGAACUUGAAGCACAUGGAAUAUAUGAUGUUGAAGAUUUGCCUGAAUGGAAAUCUCCUCAACUUUUCAUUUGGCGCGCCUCCAUGAUGGCCCAUCCAGCAAAAUAUUUUUCGGGCAAAAAAGACCACUACCUACAGCGAAAGUUUUUCGGGCACGAAAAAGAGUUCUUAUCUGAAGGUACCUCUUUUCUUUAA